AAUUCUUCUGGUCAUAUAAAUAUAUCGUCUAAAAACUUGGUGACCGUCUUGGGACCAAGUAUAAUGGGGAUCACCAAGCACGUUCAUGGGAUACUARCUGGGAAUGGACUGCUUGAUUCAAGGAGCGUUGUUCCACAAUUACAGAUGAUUUCAAUGGAAUGUUAAGGUUUUAACUGUCUUUCGGUUAGAAUAUCUCCGAGAAUGGCUCCGAGGAAAAAGAACGCAAAAUCUGUUCUAAGAGAUACCACAUCACAAAUUCUCAUGAUACUUGGUACAUUGUUUGCUGUGCUGAAUGGCUUCGUUCCGUCCUUUUCAAUGCUUAUCUAUGGGAGUCUCACYGACGAACUAAACAAAUCAGACUUCAUUUGUACGCCAAUCAAUUUCCAAGUCAAUAUCACAGAUUCAACUGCCACAAAWGAGAUAGUAAGGAUUGAUUAUCUAACUCUGUUGGGUAUCAAUAGUUCGGGUAUUGUGCAGGUACUACUGAACGGGACUAUCGUAGAUUUYAAGGUGGCUGGUCAGAAUAUYUUAUUGCUGAAGAAUKUAAGUGUUCUGGAGCGUCASCUUGACCAACGUAACGAUUUUAAAAGUUUAACAAAGCAARGGGAGGCAAUUGUACAACAAAAACCUGUUACAAGAAGCAAGUCSAAGUUUAGUGCYCCCUUAAUCGAACAAUCAAAUCACAACAAAGYGGCCGAGGGUUGGUUUAAGUACGAGACAAAACUGGAAAACAUAAAGAAUGAAAAGAAAACACAACUCACUAAUAGCCAAAAUAAUGAUAAAAGAACUGCARGAACUCUGCCUACUCACAAAGAUGAUAUAAAAGACACUGGAUAUGAAGCAAAAGUAGUGAAUCAAACUGAUCGUUCAAAAUGGGAGACAGUACAUAGAAAAGAACCGAAUAAUGAACGAGACGCUUAUGAAGCACAUAUAGAAAAAUUAAAAGAUUUGGCUUCCAAACAAGGUAAAGAAGCUGAUAUCGAGGRCAAUACAUAUGACACUAACAUAGAAAAUCGAUCUUAUGGAAGCAAACAGAAGAUAAGCAACAUGAAAGCAACUUUCGUACAAUAUACUAACACCUUUUACAAAGAAACGAUUGAGAAAAGAAAUAACAAAAUGAAUGGAAUGCAGAAAGCAAAACCUGUCGUCAAAAAUGAUAAUGAUGAUGAUGAUGAUGAUGAUGACAAAGAUCAUCUCGAAACAAAAACUGAAUCGAAAAACGAUGACUAUUCACAUAGUAAUACUGGAGAACAGUUUGAGGAAGGUUUAUGGGAAGUAAUAUACAUAGGAAAGCUGAACAAAAGAAACAGCAUUAUCCGAAAAAAAGAGUUUCAAAAAAUCAAUAAAGAAUACCUACGCAAAAAGGGUAGAGAUAGUAGCACAAGAAAUGAUUCCAACAAUAGCAAAAUGAAUAGGGUCGAMCAAAACAGUGCAGUCACAGAAGGAGAUUACGCUACSGAGCUAUUACCAUUACACUCAAUGGGUCUGCACAAAACCAUUGUUCAAAAAGAUUURUAUAUGUCCCGCAAUCCCGUCUUCACCGUUACAGUUCCUACCAGAAAAGUUAACCUAUUGAAAACCAACGCAAAACAGAAUCGUUUGAAAUCUCAUGUCAUGCAGCAUAAAGUAUUCAACUCCUCAAAUAUUAACCAACCAACACACGUCAAUUUUACGCAUCCAAACGUUACUGGAGUCAAUGUUACGCAUCCAAACGUAACUAUUAUUAAUGUUACGCAUCCAAACGUAUCUGGUAUUAAUGUUACGCAUCCAAACGUUACUGGUAUUAAUGUUACGCAUCCAAACGUUACUGGUAUCAAUGUUACGCAUCCAAACAUUACUGGUAUCAAUUUUACGCAUCCUAACAUUUCUGGAACCAAUGUUACGCAUCCUAACGUUACUGGAGUCAAUGUUACGCAUCCAAACGUAGCUGGUAUUAGUGUUACGCAUCUUAAUGUAACUGGUAUUAAUGUUACGCAUCCAAACGUUACUGGAGUCAAUUUUACGCAUCCAAACGUUACUGGAACCAAUGUUACACAUCCUAACAUUACUGGAGUCAAUGUUACAAAUCCAAACAUUACUGGAACCAAUGUCACACAUCCAAACGUUACUGGUAUCAAUGUUACGCAUCCUAACGUAACUGGUAUCAAUGUUACGCAUCCAAACGUUACUCGUAUUUAUGUUACAAUUGCUAACGUUACUGGUGUCAAUAUCACGCAUCCUAACGUAACAAGUAUCAAUGUCCCCCAUCCUAACGUAACUGGUAUUAAUGUUACGCAUCGUAAUAUUAGUAAUGCUUUGGCCAUUGGUGUUAGUAAUAUAACGAUUUUAGUACGUAAUGGAAGUGAAAGGUGUGUUUUCAAUGAUAUUGAGAUGGAAGUACGUAUGAGAAAGUACGUUUGGUAUUACGUUUACGCUGCAUUAGUCACCCUUAUUUGUGCUUAUGGACAAAUCGUGUGCUGGAAUAUAGCAUCAGAGAGAAGUGCUAGGGACUUGGAUAUGAUGGCUAAUAAUAGUAAGUUUGACGAGGAUCCAGGUGUACUUGAUACACAAAUCCAUGAAGGAAGUCACUGGUCUCUGGGUAAACAGGGUAAAGGAAGCAAUUUUUCUGAUAUUAGCGAGACGCARCAACUAAGAAGUGAUGAUAUCGAUGCAUUGCGUGGUGGAUUUGGUGGRCAAGUUGCGUUUAUAAUUCAAAACGUGUCUAGUUGUUUGUCUGGAAUUGUAAUCAGCUUGAUUAAAAGCUGGAAACUAACGUUAAUCAUGCUCUUGGCUGCGCCUUUCAUGGGCAUCGUCGARGCUCUAGUCAUCAAGGUUGACAAGUAUAUUAGAAACAAGAGGAAGGAACUCAAAGACCAGGCAGGAAUCCUUGCUGGAAAAGGUCURGCGUCAAUGAAAACCGUUGUGGAUUUUGCAGGAGAGAUUGUAGAACAGCAUAAGUACGAAGAACAGGUAAACGAGGGAGGUCGUCUCAACAGACUGAAAGGAUUCGUGAAAGGAUUUGAAAAAGGCACAAACAUGUUUGUUGCUUUCACUUUUCUUGGCUUAGGAUUUUGGUACAGUACAAUUAUGCUUGCUAAUGGAAAUAUAAGCCCUGGCUCACUGCUCACGGUGUUUAUGGCGAUUAUUGGAGGAAUGAUGAAAAUAGUUGGUUCUGCAGAACAAAUAGACAAUGUUGGUGAUUCUAAAAGUUCUUUAGACUCAAUCCUUGGAUUUACACAAGAGGACGUCAACGCUGCAAAUGACAUGGUUACAAAUCAACUAGAAACAGUCAUGGGUAAAAUUGAUGUUUUCGACGUGUAUUUCCAUUAUCCGUCACGACCUGAGUAUCAGAUUCUCAWAUCCGUCGACAUAUCGGCUGAGCCAGGACAGACUAUUGCUUUGCUUGGUGAAAAGGGCUGUGGUAGAAGUACUGUCAUCAAGUUAUUGCAGGGAAUCUAUGAGCCUGAAGCAGGCAGGGUUCGUUUAGACGGCUACGACAUACGAACGCUGGACAGGCGAUGGCUACGAAGACAACUUGGAGUUGUCCAUAAGCAUCCAGAGUUCUUCGCGACAACGAUUGCUGAAAACAUAUCAUACGGCAAGCAGGGUCAUUGUACGUUGAAGGAGAUUGUACAGGCUGCAAAGGAUGCUGGGGCACAUGAAUUCAUAUCUCGUCUCUCUCAGGCUCGUCAAGGUCGCACAACAUUUAUAUCCACAAGUCACGUGAGUUUAGCCAGACUUGCUGACGUCAUAGUCGUACUACACGAAGGGCGCAUAAUCGAACAGGGAACCGCUAAGGAGUUAUUGAUGUCWGGAAGAGGUUUUAGCUAUCUGAGUACAGUUCAGUGUUUUGAAGCCAAAGUAGCGAAGGCCGCAAAAGAUGACAGAAUACAGAACGCAGAGUUUGUUUUAGAAUUAAAAACGGCACAGCCAUUGAACGCGUGUCAUAAAACAGACGACGCCAGUGAACAUUGCAAACCAUUUGAAAAAGAACACAACCACGGGAGGAUUGAAGGAAUAAAAGAGACAAUUCACCAUAAUAGAGAAGAAUUGGGAAAGAAGUUUGAGGAAAAGAAGCAGAAACUAAAAGAGCAAGCGCAGGAAAAGAUAAAAGACAGCCAGGCACAAAUCGAGAUUUUAAAGAUGCAGCUUCUGGACGCUCCAUUAUUAAUAUGCGCAGCCCUGGGAGCGAGUCUUGGUGGCAUGAUAGCACCUGGUAUUUCAUUUCUCUUCAGUAAAAUUCAGAAGUUUCUUAAUGACUCAGAGAGGGUUGUCAAAGAAGGUCCAUUCUACGCUGGCAUGUUUGUUGUAUUGGGAACUGUGGUCGCAUUUGGCGGGACCAUUGAGAAAUUCACGUCAACUUUAGUACACGAAAAGUUCAGACAACGUUUGGAAAAAAGGGUCUUUGAGAAAACUUUAUCAAAGAACUCAGCUCCUAAGUCAUUAUCCAGUGGAUUUUCACCUGAGAAACACUUAUCAGAAGCGACAGAYGCAAAAAUUCUAGAUGAUGAUUUCAAUCUGAAAGUCCUUGAUCAUCAAACAGAAGUCGUCCCUCCACCAUUUCGAUCAGAAUGUAAAGCUGCACCCCCCGGAUCUCCUAUUGUGAAGACAAUGAAAAAAUAUGACAAUGCAGACUUGGAUAAAGUACUGUCACAUGUUGACGUGCCCCCUGAAAAUAUCGAUAAACCUGUUGAGGAAGACCAUCGCGAUGUCUUCCGUGGUCUUGAGCGUGCUCAUAAACAAAAUGGAGUGUUGAAUAGCAAUAAACCGUGCUAUGGCGAGCUGUCGAAAGAGUGUACAACAAUUCCUUAUUCCAGUGCUGAAAAGAAGGAAAUACCUAGUYUCAAUAAUUUGAAGAAACCUGGGCAAAUCCCCAAUCCAGACGAUGAUUUAUUGCCAGCCGUUGAUACUGAAAGACAAGCUAGAGAAACAAUGGAGGAGAUGCAACGAGAUGUUGAUACRAUGAUGCAAAAGUCAAUUGGAAGAUUUAUUGGUCCAGAAGUUCAGUCGACGAUUUCUUCGUUAUUGACGUUUUGCAUYGCGUUCGCCGCUGGAUGGAAAAUGACGUUAGUGGCGUUAGCUGGGUAUCCUAUUAUUGUGUUAUCACAAAGAAUCCAACAAGACCAAGCAGACAGCAGCAUAGAAUCAUCGAAAGAUAGGAAGGCUUUUCAAUUGGCAUCCAGGAAAAUAGUAUCAAUAAGCUCUCUUGGGAUGGAAUUGAAGUUUUCAAAGAAAUUCAAGAGUAGCGCAAUGGAACGAUAUAGGAAUGCCUUGAGGAAAAUACUCUGUGGUGGUUUAGCGUUUGCUGUCGGUCAGGCAAUGGUGUUUAUUAUCUACGCUAUCGCUUUACGGUAUGGUUGCUUCCUGAUAUCGACAGGCGAAAUGGCUGCCAUUGAAGUUCUGAGUGUGUUAAUGACCGUGUUGUUUGGUUCGAGUGCAAGCUCGGGUAGUCAGGCGCCUGCGCAGUCGUCGACAGAAACCAAAGACUCAGCGAACCGUCUACUGGACACGCAGUCUGGUAACGAGCCAAUACAGAUUAUGACUACUGCUKACCUUGAUAAGGGAAAAGCAAGUGGUCAAGUUGAGUUCCGUCAUACAGAGCUACCAGAUCCACUACAUAAAGGAAAUCUUCUUCUCAAAGACCUCGAUAUCACUAUAAACAGCGGAGARACUCUAGCUAUGGUAUUGAUGGAUUAUGAGACACGUAACCCACURGAAAUGUUGCUGGAAAGAUACUAUGACCCUUCUUAUGGUCAUGUGUUCAUGGAUGGCCGAGAUCUUCGGGCUUGUGAUCUUCGAUGGCUUCGUUACCAAAUAGCUGUUGUUUCACCACGGUCUUUCCUGCCUCAGCACUCAGUUGGUAAAAACAUAGCGUAUGGUAACAAUACAAGAGUUGUGCCCAUGCAGGACAUCGUGGACGCAGCUUAUUCAGCUAACGCACAUUAUUUUAUCAUGAGACUUCCAAAGGGAUAUGAAACCAUACCUGAUGAUGAAGGAAUGCACUUGACAUGCAGCGAAAUGAUGCGAAUAUCCAUUGCAAGAGCAAUAGUUAGAAACCCUGCUAUACUAAUCAUUGAAGAAUUAGAGAACACUGAUCAGGAAUUAGAAGAAGCUUUAGAAAACUUGAUGAGUGGAAGAACUUGCUUAGUGGUUGCCAAGCAACGAAAGACGCUUGAUACCGCUGAUAAGGUGGCUCUAGUUUACCACGGGCGCGUCCUUGAGCAGGGGAGCAGGCAGGAAUUAUUAGCCCGACCGUCUUUGCUCUCGAUUCUCACCGGACAUCAGGCUUUAAUGCAUUGAUUUUUUAUCAAAUUUCAUUUUUUAUAUAAACUAGAACAAAGAAAGACAAGAAACACUCGAUUCAGUCAAAAUGAUCUUCUGUUUCCUGAAUUUCUCUUAGUCGACACAUAUGAAAGACGACAUAAAAUAAAAAUUUGGAUUAUUUUUGUUAUUAUAUUUUUAUAAUCACGCUUUAUGUAAAUAAAAUGGUUA